UGCAGACUUUCUUGCCACUAUCCCUCACCAUUCACAUCAUCAUUUACACCAGUCAUCCCAUCCCUUUUCUCAGUCACCACCAGGGCCUAUUAUCCGCAUCUUCAUAUUCUCACGCAGAGCACUUAUUACAACUGAUGAUAUGUUCGCCGCGUCUCCCAGACCUAUCAAUAACUCAAAGUCUAUUAACCCUUUUCCUGACGAACUAUGCAAGACUGCGCAGGGUGAUGAACUUAUUUGGCUAGGUGAUUCAACAUUUCAUCGUCCGCCGAUGGCUUUCAACCCCAGCCCUCCUCAGCUUUCUGUCACCUUAUUUGAUCGCCUUGUAUAUGACAUUCCUCGUCGCUCGACUGGACGUUCUUCAUCUCCUCGUAAUCAAUGGGAUUCUCCUACAGAUAUUCUCUUUUACCAUCACCGGCCCUCUGAACAUUCGCAAAGUGGAGACACGUCUGAAUGUGACUCAAUGGCCACAUGGACACAGCCGUAUACAGCGACCUUGCACCAAGCGAGAAUUGAAACACUGGGGAGAAAGGAAAGGGCGGGAUUACUGCGAAUGCAAACUGUACCCGUACAGGGCAGCCAGGACAUGGUGGAGUUAUUACCAUAUACUCCUACCACCCAUGCAAUGAAGCACUCUGCAGAGCGCUCCAGUGUAAAGGAUGGCGGCGCUCACGGUGCCAAAGAAUCAAAUUUACUCAUUUCUGUUUUGGAUUCGCGGCCGACGUCUGACAACUUUCAAGAAAGCCAUAAUGACAUGGGGCUUUUGGCCAAUCGCGUCAUCAUUACACAACCUCUUCAUCUAAAAGAGUGCCGUUCGAUAGAAGUUGACGAAAAUGCUGUCAAUGCCUCAUACAAUAGGCUGCCUUCAAAUGAAUUCAAUAAACUGCAAGUGGACGGAAAGGUUACCGAAACCGGUGAGAAGGAUUCCACCAAGGCUCUUGUUGAGAGGACUGGAAGGGAGGCCAAGAGGGUACGAAUGGCAAACAUCUGGCAAAAAGAAGCGUUUCAUCCCAUGUUUAUGACUUGAUAGGCUCGACUCUGCAUAGCUCCGUUGUCUAGUUGCCGUCUUUUCUGAACCUGACUAUCCUUCCCUGUUCUAUGAUCUCCUCAAAGUCGUCCCCGAGAACAGUAUCCUCGUCUUCGACAAGUUCCCCGGCUUCUAUAUCUUCCUCUGUCUUCUCUGUUUCACCUUCCUCGACAACCUUUAUUCUUUUAUAUGA